CCCACCGUUUGGUUGUUGACGUCACCACGUCCAGAUUACGAAUGGUACACGCGCGUGUACUCCGUCCAUGAGGAGGAGCAAACCAUUGCAGUUUGACAGCGGGGAAGAACAGAUCGAUUCUUUACUCUUUCUCGACUCCCAAACUACUCAAUUUUCCUCUUUCCACCCAUUUAAUUACCUCCAGUUCUUUCUUGCCUUUGAUCCUUUUAUUUUGGUGUCUGGGAGACGACCCAGAUUGUUCAGAUUUGUUCUUUUAUCCCCAUUGUUGCGGGGAUUCUUAUUAAAAGAUCAUUUCUUUGGUUGUUAGUUGUUCGAUUUUGUUUCCUGGAUGACGUUUCACACCGGAAGAUCGUUCAGGUUGUAUGGUUUGGAUCUCCAGCUACUUUUUCUUUUUGGUUCUCGAUUUUUUUAGGGUUCAAGAAAGGACUGUUUUGGAGAUCAACAGAACUUUCUAAGGUUUGUUCUUGGGGGCUCUAGACUAGGUUAAAUAUGUCAUCCGCGAGAAUGCCGUCGUCCAGAACGCGGGAAUCAAGAAAGACAACCAGGACAGAACGGCCGAAGGUGAAGCCCCGCCCACCGACCUCGCUGCAGCCCGUGAGAUCGAUGCCGCUCGAUUCCAGGAUUGCUGGCGGCUUGCCUUUCAUGGACGGGGGCAGAAAGGUCGAAUCGGGUGCGAAAUUUGCUUCUUUGAAGGAAAAGGAUACGAAAGAGAAGGGUAAGAGGGAUGCCAAGCGGAAGGAAAAUUUAUCGUACAGCUCGAAGCGCGACGAGAGACCUUCAGCGGAUGCGAAGGAUGUGGGGGAUGCCAAGGGGAACGAGGAAUCACCGUGCAGAUUGGAGACCACUUCUGGCGUGGAGAGACCACCGGAGGAAGCAAAGGAUAUAGGGGACGCCAAUUGGAACAAGGAUCUAUCAUACAUUUUGAAGAGCCCUAAUGGUGAGGACAGAUCUCUGGGGGAAGCAAAGGAUGUGGGGGACGCCGAGGGGUACGAGGAUUCGCCAUACAGCUUGAAGACCACUUUUUACAAGAACAGGCCUCUGGAAGAAGAGGAAGGAGAAGUUCGAUUGUCGAAUCCAGCGACUGCUAAAAUGCUUCCAAUCUCCCCAUCGAGGACCGAGUCCAAUUGGGGAGAUACCAGUUCGUUUGUGAUGAAAAAGAAACUUCAAGUUUGGUGUCAACUUUCUAACGGUGACUGGGCACUAGGGACCAUACUAUCAUCUUCUGGAUCAGAGUCUGUAAUAUCUCUUUCUGAGGGUGGAGUUUUAAAGGUCAACACUGAAAGUUUGUUAGCUUCAAACCCUGAAAUUCUUGAUGGGGUGGAUGAUCUUAUGCAACUUAGUUAUCUAAAUGAACCAUCGGUCUUGUACAACCUACAACUUAGAUACUCUCGAGAUUCAAUAUAUACUAAAGCAGGACCAGUUUUGGUUGCUAUCAAUCCAUUUAAAGAAGUACAUCUUUAUGGAAAUGAGUACAUUGAAGCAUAUAAACAUAAGUCUAUAAACAGUCCACAUGUUUAUGCAAUAGCUGAUACUGCCAUCCAUGAAAUGAUCCGAGAUGAUAUCAACCAGUCAAUUGUUAUAAGUGGUGAAAGUGGAGCAGGGAAAACUGAAACGGCAAAAAUAGCAAUGCAAUAUUUGGCUGCUCUUGGUGGAGGUAGUGGUAUUGAAUAUGAAAUUCUACAAACAAAUCCAAUACUUGAAGCAUUUGGGAAUGCAAGAACAUUACGAAAUGAUAAUUCUAGCCGCUUUGGAAAGCUCACUGCAAUUCAUUUUAGUGUGACUGGCAAAAUAUCUGGUGCCUCAAUUCAAACAUUUUUACUUGAGAAGGUACUCUAUCUGCCUGUUAGUCUGAUCUUUCCUUUAUUUGCUUGCUGUCCAUUUUUGAUUUGGAGUUCCUUAAACCUCAUGCAGUCAAGAGUGGUACAAUGUGCAGUGGGUGAGCGAUCUUAUCAUAUAUUUUAUCAGCUAUGUGCUGGUGCUCCCAAAUCUCUAAGAGCAAAAUUAAAUCUGAGGAAAGUGGACGAAUAUAAAUACCUGAAGCAGAGCAAUUGCUAUACUAUUGCUGGGGUUGACGAUGUUAAAAGGUUCCAUCUCGUUAUGAAAGCUAUGGAUGUUGUUCAUAUCAGCAAAGUGGAUCAAGAGAGUGUAUUUGCUAUGCUUGCUGCAGUUUUAUGGCUGGGUAACAUAUCCUUUAUGGUGAUUGAUAACGAAAAUCAUGUUGAAGUUGUUGCAGAUGAAGGUGCACAAACUGUUUCUAAGCUUAUUGGAUGCACUGUUUCUGAACUCAAUCUUGCCUUGUCAACUCGUAAGAUGAAAGUUGGCAAUGAUAACAUUGUCCAGAAGCUUACACUUGCACAGGCAAUUGAUACAAGAGAUGCAUUAGCAAAAUCGUUAUAUGCUAGUCUCUUUGAGUGGCUUGUAGGACAGAUCAAUAAAUCGCUUGGAAUAGGCAAGCGUCACACUGGAAGAUCCAUCAGUAUUCUUGAUAUCUAUGGAUUUGAGUCUUUUGAUAAGAAUAGUUUCGAACAAUUUUGCAUCAAUUAUGCUAAUGAAAGGCUGCAACAACAUUUUAAUCGCCACCUGUUUAAACUGGAACAAGAGGAAUAUGUUCAAGAUGGCAUAGACUGGGCAAAAGUUGACUUUGAGGAUAAUCAGGACUGCCUUAAUCUUUUUGAGAAAAGACCACUAGGGUUGUUGUCUCUUUUGGAUGAAGAGUCUACUUUUCCAAACGGGACUGAUCUUACAUUCGUGAAUAAGCUUAAGCAACAUCUUCAUUCUAGUCCAUGCUUUAGAGGAGAAAGAGACAAGGCUUUUACAAUACAUCACUAUGCAGGGGAGGUGGUCUAUGACACAACUGGGUUUUUGGAGAAGAAUAGGGAUCUACUGCACAUGGAUAUUAUUCAGCUCCUUGCUAAUUGUAAAUGCCAUCUUCCUCAAAUCUUUGCUUCAAAAAUGCUAUCUCAAUCUGAAAAUUCAGCAGCUAGUCCAUAUAGAUUCAAUGUUGCAGAUUCCCAAAAGUUAAGUGUUGCAUCAAAGUUUAAGGGGCAACUAUUUCAACUGAUGCAAAGACUUGGGAAUACAACACCUCAUUUCAUACGCUGCAUUAAACCAAACAACUCGCAACUUCCUGAAACAUAUGAACAAGGACUUAUAUUGCAGCAGCUUAGAUGUUGUGGAGUUCUAGAAGUGGUUCGUAUAUCAAGAUCUGGUUAUCCUACCAGAAUGUCUCACCAAAAAUUUGCUAAGAGGUAUGGCUUUCUCCUCGAGAAUGUUGCAUCUCAAGAUCCUCUAAGUGUCUCAGUGGCAAUACUCCAACAGUUUAGCAUUAUUCCAGAGAUGUAUCAAGUUGGUUACACAAAAUUAUUUUUCCGAACUGGACAGAUUGGUUUACUUGAAGAUACAAGAACUCGUACUCUUCAUGGCAUUUUAAGGGUGCAAAGCUGUUUCAGAGGUCAUCAAGCUCGGCUUUAUGUGAAAGAACUUAAAAAAGGAAUUGUUGCAUUGCAAUCAUUUAUUCGGAGUGAGAAGACGAGGCGUGUGUCCUCAGGUUUGCUUCAGAGGCACAGAGCUGUGAUUGCUUUGCAGAGAAAUAUAAAAUGCCGAGCUGCUAGGAGGAACUUUGUUGACGUCCGUAAUGCAUCAAUAGCAAUACAAUCUGUCAUCCGUGGAUGGCUUGUUAGGAGGUGUUCCAGAGAUGUCGCUUUGCUCAAUGCAAAUAAGCAUAUUGGAGGUACAAAGGGUGAGGAACCAGAAGAGAAUUUGGUGAAGUCAUCUGUCCUUGCGGAACUAGAAAGGAGGGCUUUAAAAGCCGAGGCGGCACUGAGGGACAAGGAAGAAGAGAACAACAUUCUUCACCAGAGGCUUCAACAGUAUGAGAGUCGAUGGUCCGAAUAUGAGCAAAAGAUGGAAUCCAUGGAAGAAGUGUGGCAGAAGCAGAUGGCAUCCUUGCAGUCUAGCCUCUCGGUCGCAAAGAACAGCUUUGCUAUUGAUGACAUUGAACGACAUUCUGUUGCAUCACUAGAUCAAAGUUGGAGUAGCACAGACCCCAUCAGGGCCAAGGGAUGGGAGAAUGGAAAGCGAUCAGUUUCUCGAGCAAUUAACAGAGAUAUGAGCUCUGGCCUGAGCGUCAUCAGCCGUCUGUCUGAAGAAUUUGAGCAGCGGACACAGGUGUUUGCAGAUGAUGCAAAGUUUUUGAUGGAGGUGAAGUCUGGUAAGUCAGAGGCCAGCCUGAAUCCAGAAAGAGAACUGAGGAGGCUAAAACAAGACUUUGAACUAUGGAAAAAGGACUUCAACUCUCGUUUACGAGAGGCAAAGAUGGUCAUAAACAAGCUUGGAACAGAUGAUGCAGGUUCUGACAAGGGAAAGAGGAAAUGGUGGGUGAGAUUGAAUAGUAGAAGGAUAAUGUGAAACGGCAACAAAACGGCCAUAUUGCACUGUCAUAAGCCCUUGUGAUUAUAUAUGCAUAUUGAAGGAGAAGACUUCUGUUGUGUAUUAUCACUGAGUUACGAAUGAUCAAAAGCUUGGCAUUUAUUAUUAGCUUUUGCUAUGUAUCUGCUGUAUAUUGCCCCAAAAAAACAUCAUUGUUUAUGAAUGAUUAUCCAGAUAUGCUCCAUUUCCAAGUAUCAUAACAUUGUUUAU